GCUUUAAUGGUUCUUUCUAGCUUCUUUGUGCUGUUGCUUCUUCCCUUACCUGCUUUGGUAUCUCUUUUGUAGCUGGACUUUUUUAUUUUUUAUUUUUGGUCCAUGCAUGUGGUUCCUAGGAUGCCAAAAAAUCUGUGCUAGAGAUUUGCUGAGAGCCCUGGCUAUUUUUGUUAGAAGCUGAUACUUUAGCCUGAGCUGUGAGCAUUGCCUUGGGAGAGGGGUUAGUUUCUUGGGAGGUGGGGAGGGCACAGCUUGACAGAGAAGACACCUCAAAAGAAGCAGAAAAGACGGAGAAAAAGACCCCCCCCCCCAAGAAAGUAAGAACUGUAAAGGACCUCCCACCUUUUAAUUUGGUGUCUCCGGCAAGAGUCAGCGUCUCCUCUCAGCUGCCAAUAGAACUUGACCUUUUCACCAGAGUGCUUCUUAUUGUCACCAUUAUGACUGAGAUUACUGCAGAAGGACCUGUAUCCACCACUACAGUGAUAGACAGCAAGAAUGGAACUGUCCCCAUGCCACAUUUGAAAGUGUCCAAGAAGUCAGUUUCCGAAGACUUUGUGACAACAUUCAGCUCUCCAGCGGCAUGGCUACUUGUUGUUGCGCUGAUUGUUACCUGGUCAGCUGUGGCUAUUGUCAUGUUUGAUUUGGUGGAUUACAAAACACUGGCAGGACGUUCUGUGAAUAAACUUACUACUGACCCAUUGAGAAUCAUCCAUGGCACUGUGGAAGAGACCACUGACUGGGUUUAUGGCUAUCUUUCAUUGUUAUUGGACCUCAUAUUUGAAGAUGAAGAAGAAAGUGAAAAAGGUGAAGUGGAACUUUCCUUGAAAAUAAAAGAAGAAACACAACCACCAGUUAAAAAGAAAGAGAUCCAGAUAGACAAGACUGAAAAAGAUGAGAAAGUUGAAAGAAAGCCUCCACUAAAAGAAAUUCACAAAGAAAAACUUGAGAAACCUGAAAAAUUGGAGAAACCUAAAAAACGAGUGACACCUGAGAAGCCCGAAAAACGGGAAAAACCUGCAAAACCUGAAAAAUGGGAAAAACGGGAAAAACCUGAAAAACGGGAGAAACCUGAAAAACGGGAGAAACCUGAAAAACGGGAGAAACCUGAGAAACUUGAAAAGCUGGAAAAACCCAAGAAACUUGAAAAACGAGAAAAACCCGAGAAACCUGAAAAAUGGGAAAAACUUGAAAAACGGGAGAAACCCCAAAAACCUGAAAGACGGGAGAAACCGGAGAAACUCAAGAAACUAGAAAAACCUGGAAAAAAGGAAAUACCUAAAGUGCACAAAGAAAAGCUGGAAAGGCAAAAAAAACCUGAGAAAAGAGAAAAGCCUGAAAAGAGAGGGAAACCUGAACAACUUGAAAAACUGGAAAAGAAAGAAAAAGUCAUAGUACCUCCCAAGGAAAAGCCUGCAAAGCAAGAAAAGCCUAAAAAGAAAUCACCUCCUUCACCAAAAGGAACAGAAAAGGUGAAGCCUGAGAAAGGAAAAAUGGAAAAGAAACGUCCUCCUAAGGAUGCUGUAGAUACUGAUGAUUCUUUUAACCUUCUAGAUAUGCUGAAAUUCCUGUACAAGAAGCUUGAUUCUGGGCAUGGACUGCAUAAGUUAGAUGCUCAGCUUUUUGUUGAUAUACGGUAUAUUGUGUCCUUAGGUACAGAACCGAUAAAUAGUAACUUGAUUAAGCACAAGAAAAGCAUCAAAGUCGAAGAGAAGGCUAAAAAGGAAGUGAAAGAAAGAAAGCCAGAACCCAAGGCUUCUGAAAGAGUGAAACAUAAGGAAGCUAAAGUAGAGAAAAUGACAGCACCAGCAAAAGCCAAAGCAAAGGAGGAAACAGUACUGAUGCUUCAAGAAAAGUCAGAAAAGAAAGAUCAAUAUGCAUUCUGUCGCUAUAUGAUUGACAUGUUUGCUCACGGGGAUUUUUAUACAGGACCAGCUCCUCACCUCUUCUUACCACAGGCUCCAGGAAUGACACCUGCCAUGCCAGCUGCUGAAGGCAAGUUCAAUUUUCCUUCUUCAAAGAUUCACUGAUAGAUUCCUAUGGGGAUACUUCUAAGCCCUGCCUGUACAGAAGUCAACGUUAUAACUUUCUGUUUACUGUAUCAAACAAGAU